GCCUUGCUGAUUGUCAGCAGCUCCCGGGAGGCGCGAGAAGCGAAACCCUUUGCAAACAGAAAAGUGAAGAGGACAUGGGCUCUCUGCGUCUACUACAAGACUCAUCCACAGGGCUCGGGUUUGUUCCUUUCCCGCUGAGCUCCACCGGCUGUAUUUUUACACGGUCCUAGUUGAGAGCAGACGUUUCAUUUCCUUUAAUCUUCCCUUCACCACGUGGGUUUUCGUGAGAACAGACUCACUAGGACAAACAUGAGGAGCACGGCCAAGGCUUGGAGUCCAGUCAUCAGAGCGGGUGGCCAUGGGGCUGACCGCGCGCGGCCCCUGCCAGCAGCCCCGUCCGGCAUGAAGAGCUCAAAGUCCUCCACCUCACUGGCUUUUGAGUCCCGGCUCAGCAAGCUCAAGAGGGCCAGCAGUGAGGACAUGCUCAACAAGCCAGGAAGUGCGGCGGCUUCUGGGCCGGUUCGACUGAAAAAGACUUCGACCUCGGGAGCCAUCUCCGAGCUCGCUGAGAGCCGCCUGAGGAGCAGCCCAGGGGCUGUGACAACGGCCAAACGGACAGGUAUCCCCGCUCCUCGAGAACUUUCAGUAACCGGCUCCAGGGAGAGAACUGUGCCUCGAGGUCCCUCCAACCCCAGGAAGUCAGUGUCCAGUCCCACGUCUUCCGGCACACCCACCCCGACGAAGCCCCUGAGGGCCACGUCCGCAAGGCCCAAGCCAGAGAAUGAAGGCGGGGAAAAGGCGGUGCUCGAGGCCCAGGUCCGGGAACUCCUGGCAGAAGCCAAAGCGAAAGACAGCGAAAUCAACCGGCUCCGAAGCGAACUGAAGAAGUGCAAGGAGAAAAGGGCUCCGAGCAAUGAAGGAAGCGACGCUCCCGACGCAAAUGCGGAUGGAACGCCAGUCUCCCCAGGUGACUCGGGGCCCUUGGUAAGAGUUCUGGAGGAGAAGAACAGGAAUUUUCAGAAGGAGCUCGCCGAUCUGGUGGAGGAGAACCGGGCCUUGAGGGAGAAACUGACUUAUCUGGAGCAUUCCCCAAAUUCGGAGGGAGGCGCCAGCCCCACCGGGGAAAGCAGCUGCCCGACGUCCUUAACCCAGGAGUCCAGCUUCGGAAGCCCGCCCAGAAGUCAGCUGCCGGGUGGAAUUGAGGCGUACGGUCACGCCGUCCACGAAAAUGCACUGCGGCCAUCAGGCUCUUCGAGCAGUGAUGUCACCAAAGCCUCUUUGUCCCCGGAUGCCUCGGACUUUGAGCACAUCACAGCGGACACGCCCUCCAGGCCCCUGUCCUCCACCAGCAACCCCUUUAGGAGCUCAAAGUGCUCCACCACAGGCAGCUCCCCUAACAAUGUGAGCGAGCUGUCCCUGGCUUCGCUCGCUGAGAAGAUCCAGAAAAUGGAGGAAAACCACCACAGCACGGCCGAGGAGCUCCAGGCGACUUUGCAGGAAUUGUCAGACCAGCAACAGAUGGUGCAGGAGCUGACGGCCGAAAACGAGAAAUUGGUGGACGAGAAGACGAUUCUCGAGACUUCUUUCCACCAGCACCGAGAGAGGGCCGAGCAACUGAGUCAGGAGAACGAGAAGCUGAUAAACCUCCUGCAGGAGCGAGUAAAAACCGAGGAGUCCACGGUUCAAGAGGGGAAAAUCCUGGAGCUGGAGCAGAAGUGCGCGGAAAUUCUUGACCAGGGCCGCUUUGAAAGAGAGAAGCUGCUGAACAUCCAGCAGCAGCUGACCUGUAGCCUCCGGAAGGUGGAGGAAGAGAACCAGGGAGCUCUGGAAGUGAUCAAGCACCUCAAGGAAGAAAACGAGAAGCUGAACGGGGCUCUGGAGCUGGAACGGCACAGUAACGGCAUGAUGGCCCAAACCCUGGGAGAGUGCAAAGCGACUCUGGAAGGGCUGCAGGUCGAAAAUGGGUCCUUGAAGGCGCAUUUGGAGAGUGAGAAGCAGAAAGCGAUGGACUCCAGUCCCGUGGGGCAGACGGCAGAGGCGCCUGAAGUUCAAGAGAUGCUCAGAGUGGCGCGAGCUGAGAAGGACCAGCUGGAGCUGUCUUGCACCGAGCUGAAGCAAGAACUGCUAAAGGCCCACGGCGAAGUUAAACGCGUUUCCAGCCUACUGGCCAAGGUGGAAAAGGAUUAUUCUUACUUGAAGGAGAUAUGUGAUCGUCAGGCAGAACAGCUGAGCAGAGCCAGCCUGAAACUGCAGGAGAAAGCAUCAGAGAGCGAUGCGGAGAUUAAAGACAUGAAGGAAACCAUAUUUGAACUGGAAGAUCAGGUGGAACAGCAUCGGGCUGUCAAGCUGCAUAACAACCAGCUCAUCAGUGAGCUAGAAAGCAAUGUGAUGAAGCUGGAGGAACAGAAGUCAGACCUGGAAAGGCAGCUAAAGACGCUGACUAAGCAGAUAAAGGAGGAGACGGAGGAGUGGCGGCGGUUCCAGGCGGACCUGCAGACCGCGGUGGUGGUGGCCAAUGACAUCAAGUGCGAGGCUCAGCAGGAGCUCCGCACCGUGAAGCGGAGGUUGCUGGAGGAGGAGGAGAAGAACGCGAGGCUGCAGAAGGAGCUGGGGGACAUGCAGGGCCACGGCAGACCCGUGAAUGAAGAGUCAGAGCCCUCCGAGGUCGAUGCCCCCGGCCGGUGGCACGGUGUCUAUGUGAACAGAACAUCUCCGACGCCUUCGGAAUCUGCAACCACCGUUAAGUCCCUCAUCAAGUCAUUUGACUUGGGGCGUCCAGGUGGAGCCGGACAGAAUAUUUCUGUCCAUAAAACCCCCAGGAGCCCCCUGAGCGGGAUUCCGGUGAGGACCACUCCAGCUGCUGCCGUUUCUCCGAUGCAGAGGCACUCGGCGUACAGCGGCGUUCGGCCAGCCGGCAGAGGUGCGGCUCAGCGCUUGGCUCUCCCGGAACUUCCGCUCUCAGAUCUUCUCAAGGGAAGGGCUGAGGACAUGAAACCAGACCCUUACCUCCGCAAGAGCCCCUCGCUCGAGUCUCUGAGCAGACCCCCUUCUCUGGGCUUCGGGAACACGAGGCUGCUGAGUGCUUCCACGGGGGGCUUGAAACCGCAAAGCAAACUCAGCGUGGAGAGAAGAGACCCUCUGGCUGCCUUGGCCCGGGAAUACGGCGGCUCCAAGCGCAACGCUCUCCUGAAAUGGUGCCAGAAGAAGACGGAAGGCUAUGCAAACAUCGACAUCACCAAUUUCAGCAGCAGCUGGAGUGACGGCUUGGCCUUCUGUGCUCUCCUCCACACCUACCUGCCUGCCCACAUCCCGUAUCAGGAGCUCAACAGCCAGGAGAAAAAAAGGAAUCUCUUAUUGGCAUUUGAAGCUGCUGAAAGUGUCGGCAUCAAACCCAGCCUGGAGCUCAGUGAGAUGCUGUACACGGACCGGCCCGACUGGCAGAGCGUGAUGCAGUACGUCGCCCAGAUCUACAAGUACUUUGAGACGUAAAGCUGGGAGGGCCCCAGAGCAGCCGCCCGGUCACUUUGCACAGGCCCCACUCCGCCCACCUCCCGCCUGCUCAGUCCAGGGGGGCCCGCACACAAAUAAGAAAUGGAGCUGGGUUCCAGUGCACACCUGCUUUUAAUCCAGACGCAUUUGGCGUGUAAGUUGGAAAGCGUUGCUCUCCCACGGUCCUCCCUCCUUCCAGAGUUAAGGGUCCAUGCCCAGGCUUACUCCGCGAGAACCCAGGACGAUAUCUCCAGUCACAUGCUGCAGCUGCGACCUCACCCGUGGGCCGUGAGGCCUCGAGACACACAGACAGCACUUCCAAAUCGGUCAUCUUUUCACUAAAACUCCUUCCCUUUGCCCUUGCUACCACCCACCCCUCCAAAAAACGAACACCCAGCAAAACACAGAAAGGCAAACACUUGCUCUCGAGCUGCCCUGCCUUCUGGGAGACCUAACGCUUCCGUUCUAGGUAGCAGUUGUAACACCUAGAACUGGAUGGCGCAUUCUAGAUCUCGCUGUCACUUACUAGAGUCUUCGGGUGGAAGAAAGGCUGUGCAAGCAUACACAGCAACCCCUGGGUGCUUUGCUGCAGUGGACCUGUGGGGGUGGCCCAUGGAGAGAAAUGUGCGUCCGUGUGCGGGGACACGGUCACACUGCGAAGCCCCAGGCCCAGCCACUGCCCCGCGUGCUGGAAGGGACCCUCGGCCCCUGCCCACCUGCUGUAUUUGCCCUGAGAGUUCACGCCCGCACACAUCUGCCCCUUAGGCCAGCCUUACAGGAAGCCCCCUGCAUGUGAAGCGGCCUGCACCCACCCAGGUCUUCGUGUGUUUGCACCAACAGGCUGAAGAGGGGUGUAUUUCUUGGGGUACCGGGGGGACAGCAGGCAGUAUUUCAGCUGUAGACUCCGCCUUCAGUAUCUCCUGGGGCCCUUCACCCCUGCAUGGCAUAAGCGAGCACUGAGCCAUGGGCAGAGGUGACUCCAUUCAGAAGUGAACCAUCUGCUAUCCAGCUGUCACCCCUAGUGGCUGCAGAGAGCUCUCCCCAGAUGGGGGCAGGCAGGAGCAGCUGAGGACCCACCGGCAGCUCCUUGGUGUUCCGCGGGGCGCGUAAAUGUGCAUUCCGUAGCGAGUGAAGGCGUGGCCCACGCUUGUAGUCAGGUGACCUCAGUGCCCACCACCUGCUGGUGCGAGUCCCCCCCCCCCAACAAAGGACAGUCCCUGUGUGAAUCGCUGGGAGUUACGGCACUGUGUCAUUCUACAGUAAUCUCUGCUGAGGACCGGUCCCUUGUCCUCAGGCUGCCACACCUGCCGCUUACCGUUCUCUGCGCCUCUAGAUCUGGAUCUCCAGGGAACUUGUUCAAGAUGCACCCUCAUGGCCUGCCCCAUCCGUCGAACCAGGGAUGCCUUCUACAUGUUUCCAAAGUUCCCCUGACAACCAUGGAGAGGAGAGAAGGCCUUUCCUCCUGCUCCUGGGGCGGGGCAGUGCGCGGUCCGCUCUAGAGCAGGUGGGGAAGAUGACCCCGUGAGUGGCUCCUUUGUUUUCAGACGGAAGCCAGAGGCACAGUCUGGGCAAAUUUAGUCCUUCCCGAUGAGCACAUCCAAAUGGAAGUGAUCCCCGGUGUCGCUCCACGCAUCUGUCUUUUGUUGACAUAACGCGUUUUCAUGGUCUCCGAGCCUCUUCCUUGCAGCGGGGAAAGGUUAGUGUCCCAGGUGUCAACUUGAGCUCUCGGUUGUUGUGUUUAAUCCGGGAUUACCUGGGGGUUUUGUGUGGGAGAGGCCAGUGAGGUCUAGGGAGUCCUGGAGGGGGUGUUUAGCAUUCCUAGUGCCCUGUUUUUUUAGUGAUGACAGUAAGUGAGUCGGAUGGUUCAGCUCUGGGCAAAGCCGUGUCUAUGCAGUGGCGAUGUUACCGCUUCUUCUCCCCCUACACUGUAACCUGCUCCCUUUAGCUGAAAAAGAAGGAAAGAAAUGUCAUAUGAAAGAAAGGUGAAGUGCCAUUUAUUUUCAUGACUCAGAGGAGCUCCUUGACCACCACUGUCUUUGCCAGUGGGCAUGCUUCCAGAAGGGGCACCAUGGUGGUUGUUGGGGCAGAUCUGGCUGUGCAGGAACCUUGGAGAGGGACCGGGCCCUCCAGCAUGCGCAGAGCCUCGGACCUGGGGAGCUGCCCCGGCCCCAGCGGCGGGCCACAGGAUGGCGAUUCCGUGUUUAAUUGGAGAAUUGGUGAAUGUGGGAAACUGAUCGGCUGAGAAAACAAGGUCGGGUCAGCAAGCCCUGCCGUUUCUGGCGUCCUGCCCUGAGGCUUUCAAAUGCUGCAGAGCCUUGCGUCUUCCCGUCUGCCUUCAGCCUGUAGUCAUUUACAAUUAUUUGGCUCUCCUGCAGAUCCUCCUCCUCCUUUAUUAAGUAUAUUAUUAUUACAUAAAAGACAGCAGCGGAAUGCAAGCCCCAGAAGAGCGAGGGAAUUCUUUAAAGACCUAAAGCCAAGUCUGCGGCUUUGUUCACUGUGAGAGCUUUCAUGGACGUGAACUCUGGUUGCCUCAUGGUGGUGCCCAGUCCCCUGCCCCGCGGGGUGAGCAUUCUGAGGAAGCGGGCAAACAUCUACUUCCCUUCCCAUCCUAUUCCUUCUCUCUUCAGAAAUUAGCCUUGGGUUUUCGUUCUUCAUUCUGCUGCUGUGUCGUCGCUUUGGUUGCGAGUUUCCCAAAGCAAUGAGCCAUCUGGCAGUGACAAGUCAUUCAUUCAUCUGCGGUCUUCCCUUCCCCAUGGAAACCGGCCUGUUUCUCUGAAUCUCUCGGAGGAGGACAGGCACUUCGGCCUGUGGAAGCCCGUGGAAGGAGAGGACUUGGCCCUUGUACACAAACCCAUUCGCCAAAUCCAGCCGAAGCUCCUCCUGGCCCAAAGCACGAGUGCCACUUUGAGGUAAACCACCGGUGACAUGCAGUAAAGAACAGGACAUAGCUAGCUUUUUAAAAAAGUAUUUUUAAAUCUCUCCUUUGCCCGAUCGCACUGGGUGUGUUACUUCUCUGACCCAGGCGAGGCUGCAGCUAAAGUCCAUGGCAUCACCAGCUGAUCACUAAUUUUAACUACAUUAGUUGAAUACAGCGGUACAUCUGCGGCCUCGUUUCUAGAAAGAGCACACCCAGCACUGUCGGGACGUGAUGUGCCAACAUAGGUAUAUUUAACUAUUAACAUGGAAGUGUAUGAUGUACGACUGUGUAAUAUUUCUAAUAAAUAUAUUUUGUUUCUGUCCAA